AACCACAUAACAAUAUUUUUCCAAAAAUGGCAAUGGCUUCUUCAUUUCUUAGACCACCACCAUAUAUGUUCUUCACUACUGCUUCACAAACUGAACUCAACAUCCGAUAUGAGGCUGUUAGUUUUCGGUGUACAUCUGGUUCAUCAAAUACUCGUAGUUCGGUGUUAUUGGGUAAGAACAUACAGAUAGGAUGCACAAGAGACUGGAAAAUGGAUGUGAGGCCUUCAGCUGUAAUUGAUAAGUCGGCUGACAACUCAAAUGAGUUAUCUUCAACUGAAGAGGCAGACAUUAAGGAGCCUAGUGUAUCAACUAUACUGAUGAACUUUGGGAGCAACUUUGAUCCUUACGGUGCAAUGAGCACGCCCUUAUAUCAAACAGCCACAUUCAAGCAGCCUUCGGCAACUGAAUAUGGUCCCUAUGAUUACACUAGGGGAGGCAAUCCUACACGUGAUGUGCUUGAAAGUCUCAUGGCAAAGCUUGAUAAAGCACAUCAAGCAUUUUGCUUCUCCAGUGGAAUGGCUGCCUUAUCUGCUGUCAGUCAUCUUGUUAAACCUGGCGAAGAAAUUGUUGCAGGAGAAGACAUAUAUGGUGGUUCGGAUAGAUUAUUGUCACAAGUCAUUCCAAAGAGAGGAGUUAUGGUUAAGAGAGUGAAUACAACCAACCUUGAUGAGGUUGCAUCUGCUAUUGGUCGAGAAACAAAGCUUGUGUGGUUGGAGAGUCCAACCAAUCCACAACAACAAAUUUCUGAUAUUCGUAAAAUAGCAAAGAUAACUCAUGAUAAUGGUGCUCUUUUAAUGGUGGAUAAUAGCAUCAUGUCUCCGAUCUUGUGUCAACCCUUGGAGCUUGGAGCAGACUUCGUAAUGAACGCUGCUACAAAAUUUGUUGCUGGACAUAGUGAUGUCAUGGCUGGAGUGAUUGCUGUUAGAGGAGAAAGUUUAGGGGAAAAAUUAUAUAACCUGCAAAAUUCAGAAGGGGCUGGACUUGCACCUUUUGAUUGUUGGAUCUGUUUACGGGGUAUCAAGACAAUGGCAUUGCGCGUUGAAAGACAACAGGAUAAUGCACAAAAGAUAGCAGAAUUUCUUGCUUCUCACCCCUUUGUGAGAAAGGUUAAUUAUGCUGGUCUUCCUAGCCAUCCGGGACACUCUUUACACUAUGCUCAGGCGAAAGGUGCAGGAUCAGUUCUAAGUUUCGAGACAGGAUCCUUGGCUCUAUCUAAGCACGUAGUAGAGAAUACUAAGUACUUUGGCAUAACUGUUAGUUUUGGGACUGUUAAGUCACUCAUAACACUUCCGAGCUUUAUGUCACAUUCGGUCAUACCAGCAGAGCUCCGUAAGGCUAGAGGCAUAACUGAAGAUCUGGUACGUAUAUCUGUGGGGAUCGAAGAUGUGGAUGAUUUGAUUGCUGAUUUAGACCAUGCACUCAAGACAGGGCCUAUUUAGAGUUGUUGGACACUAGCCAAGUUUGAAAUGAGUUUAAAUUUAGCUGGUUUUCCUGGUUAAACUUGUAAUAUAUGUUCAGUAUACUGUUUUUAU